ACUGAAUAAAACAUAGGGUUAUUGUAAACACUGUACUAUUGAUAACAUUAUUGACUUUCACUUUCUGUGUUUAUAUCAGUGUUUCGUCACUUGUAUUACACGAUUGCUAUGAAAGACAAUAACAAUAAUAUAAUUGUCAAUACAUUAACAAGUUUUUCACUUGAUUUUGUUGACCACUGGCCACUAUUGGCGGACGACAUGAGCUUCGGAUAUAAUAAACUAAUGAACAGUGACUCGCAGGACUCGUUGGACACCGUUUGGUCGUCAACAUCAAGCGGACAGUCGACUAUCAACGACUGGGUCACUGGUUUGGACAACUUGGGUAACACCUGUUUCAUGAAUGCCAUCCUCCAGUGUUUGGCACAUACGGAUCCACUGAGACAUUAUAUUAUCUCCAAUCAGUUUCUAAAAGAUCUGAACAAAUCGGACGGAAUGACGGCCUAUCAUUUGGCACUUCUGUUUCGUAAGUUAUGGUCAAACAAAUGCCAAUCUAUACGACCGACACAAUUGAAAGCGUUGGUCGAAAGGAGCCAAAUGUUUAGCCUUAGAGGACAACAGGACGCACAUGAAUACUGUAUUUUUCUGUUGGACUCACUUCAUGAAGACCUCAAUAGAGCCCGAAGUCAUACGUUUAUCUCAUACACUGAUAAUAACGAAGACGAAGAACUGAUGAAUGGCAAGAUGUUGGCCUCACAUUCGUGGUCUCAGUUCAAGAAAAACAACGACUCGAUUAUUACCGAUCUUUUCUAUGGACAAUACGCUUCACUCAUUCGUUGUUCAAUUUGCCCAAAAGAUUCAUUUAAAUUUGAUCCAUUCAUGUGUCUGUCUUUACCCAUUCCUCAACAUUACGAUAACAUUGAAUUAAGGGACUGUUUGUCAUUAUUUACGGCAUCAGAAUAUUUAUCGAAUCAGAAUUCAUGGUAUUGUCCACAAUGCAAACAAACCCGUAAUGCUAUAAAACGGAUCAGUUUAUGGCAAUUGCCUAAAAUAUUGGUCAUUCAAUUGAAGCGCUUUUGUUUCGAUGAGAACUUGUGUUCGGAAAAGAUAACCUCAUUUGUCAACUUUCCUCUCUAUGGUUUAGAUCUUAAUCCCUAUUGUAGUAAUGCUAACCCCAACUGUACGUAUGAUCUUUACGGUGUUGUCAACCAUUACGGUGGUGUCGAUGGCGGUCACUAUACGUCAUACGUCAAGUGUAGCGACAAUUAUUAUGACACUUCAAUUUGGCGAUGUUUUGAUGAUAAUCGUGUCGAUAAAGUUGGCGACGAGUCGAUGGUCACCCGUAACGCAUAUAUACUGUUUUAUCGGCGAAGAGAUCAUAAUUCAAAUCUUUGAAAUGAUAAUUGUUUGUUAUUUGAUUCAAAUUGUUGA